AAUUGUUCUUCGCUGCACUCUCGUUCGCCUUUAUGGCAUCCUGACACUGAUGGCCCUCUUUGACGUGUAAUAUGAUGUUUCCUUAGCGUACCUCCCCUCCUUGGAGAUUGCCCAUGUCUAGGCCAGCCCUGCAUUGGGUAGUGGACCUAUACCAGCAGAUCCAGAGACAUAUUUCUCCAUUCAAAGUCAUGGCACAAGCAACACCAACUGGCGCAAGCCACGGGUCUUCGCCGCCAAAGCUGACAGGCAGGGCCUUCUACGAGAGCAUCGGCAGCCCCAAGUACAUCGUCGCCCCCAUGGUCGAACGCUCAGAAUUCGCUUGGAGACUCCUCACUCGAUCCUACCUGGAUGAAGAGCGAUCAAAGUCCUUUCUAGCCUAUUCGCCCAUGCUGCACGCGAGAUUGUUCGGAGAAACGGCAAGGUUUCGAGACGAACACUUCCAGCCGACCAGAGACAGUUUGGUCUCGAAGGAGAAAUCAUUAUCCUCACCCUGGUUAGAUGGGAAUCCAAAUUUGGACCGACCGUUGUUUGUGCAGUUCUGCGCAAACAAACCUGAAGAUCUCCUAGAGGCGGCACAAUAUGUGGCCCCUUACUGUGACGCGGUCGAUUUGAAUUUGGGAUGUCCUCAGGGUAUCGCCAGAAAUGGUCACUACGGGGCGUUUCUGCAAGAAGAUUGGGACACCAUUUACAACAUGAUCAACAAGUUACACAAGGAGUUGAAAGUCCCUGUGACGGCCAAGAUGAGAAUACUGGACACCAGGGAGAAGACGCUGGAGUAUGCCAAGAUGAUUCUAUCCGCCGGCGCCAGCAUAUUGACAGUGCACGGGAGACGGAGAGAACAAAAGGGCCACAAUACUGGUAUUGCGGACUGGCAAAUGAUCAGGUACCUUCGAGAACAGCUACCGCCAGAAACGGUGAUCUUUGCGAAUGGGAACAUUCUGAAUUCGGGCGACCUAGAAUCCUGCCUUGCCGCAACCGGAGCCGAUGGUGUCAUGAGUGCAGAGGGCAAUCUAAGUGAUCCUACAAUUUUUGCCAAUCCCCCAAGAGAACACAAUCCCCGAGAGUACUGGUACGGAGCGGAGGGGAAAGGAGGAUAUCGUAUGGACGCCGUGUUCAGAAGAUACCUCGACAUUAUCCACCGAUAUGUUUUUGAUAGAGAACCGCCGAUGCGCACGCCCCUCUAUGUCCCUGGGGAUCCUGAAGAGGUACCUCAAAUAAUGGAAGCCUCCGGUGAUGUGGCUCAUGAAGAGGUUCGGCCAAGAAAAAGGCAAAAACGCUUCAGCAAACAACAGCUCGACCCAAACAUCAGAUCGAUACAAGCGCACCUGUUCCAGCUCCUCCGACCCCUGGUUUCCAGACACACCGACAUUCGAGACGCGCUGGCAACAACAAGAUGCGGAGACAUUAAUGGCUUUGAGAGAGUUCUCACCAUGGUAGAAGCGGCCGUCAAAAACGGACUCGACGAUCACGCCGCCUCACCAAACGUCGAGUCCAAAUUGAUAACUGAAGACGGUGUGGAUGAGGAGUCCGAACUUGAAGUGACGCCUAGACAGACAACCACAUUGAAAUAUCAGAGGCCGUGGUGGGUAUGUCAACCCUACAUCCGACCCUUGCCGGACGAAGCUAUCAAGCUUGGUGCAAUGCAACCGCGCAAGUGGAAUGCGUCCAAGGUGGAUUCGAGGGAGGCGGCAGGUAACAAUGGCGAUGCAGGCCGGAGACUGGAUGUCUUUGAGACACAAGAUCAAUCUCUGUACCACGUCGCAAAGGAAGAACUCCCAAAGCCUACCCUGGUCUUCGGCUGAAAAUGAUUGAACAGUGCAAAGGGCUACCUGCGCUCGCUACUGCAAUCAUCAUGUGUACAACAAAUGAAUCGUCCCUUUCUACGCCAUCGUCGCCCUGAUCGAGGUGCCUGCAAAAAGAUCUUGUGCGCGAAGAGCAAUCAGCAUUCUCAAGUAAAUCAAUAUAAACACAAGCCCAAAGUUUUCACACGAAACAACUACCAAACCAGCAAACAGCCGUGACAUCAACAGACGAGUUAUCCUUGUCAUCCUUUCAAUUCCUCGGGCGGUGUGAAUCGUCAACAUCCAAACAAGGCUUUCUCGUCAUGAAACUGCAUCUGUGCCUGACAAAGUCGGCUUUCCUAGUCGCUAAUCCCUAGCUUAGUCUGAAAGAUCCAUGGGAGCGUCCCCUUCAUCGUCGUCUGACGAGAUAUCCAUUGGAACGUCUUCCUCCUCGGGGUCGUCCUCGCCAUGGGUGGCCACGUGGGACUGGUCUGCGUCUUCGUCGUCAGAAAGGUCCGAGCGCUUGCGCUUCUGGCCAGCCUUCUGCUUCAGUUUCGCAAGGUAUUUGUUGUCUGGCUUGACGUGAAACCGGUCGACCAGCUCCUGGAUGCGGCUUCUCCGUUGCAUGAUGGCCCCUACUGUCCGGUCAGUGCGCGGCGCCUUCGAAUCUGCCUGGAUCGUGCCAGUGAAUGUCUUGUUGAACGCCUCAGCCCACUCCUCUUUCUUCGCGUUGCUGACUAGCAAUUUCUUGCUCUUGGGGGGCUUCGACGAUUUACGCUUUUCUUCCAAGAGGUCCUCGGACAAUUUGAUCAAAUAAUCGUCCUCCUCCUUGCACCAUGGUUGACCGGGCUCGUUCCUGGAGCUUUUGAUUGUUCUGCCAAUCGCUUGUCGACGCCAAUUGUUCAGCAACUGGACGUGCGACCCGUCCUCAAAGUCAAACAAGUCUUGACCUGACUGAGGCACUGAGGCCUUUCCCUUGGUAAGGCCUGGCCAUUGGAACCUUGCGCUCUGUUUGAAGCGUUUGAAGGUGUAUUUCCCCCUGGAGAUGUGCUCGACGAGGAAUUUGGCUGGAUUCGGACAACCUACGUGAGCUCUUUCAUUUACAUCACCGUCGAUGUUGAUGAGAAAACCUUCAGCACCGCGCUUGUCGGGCUUUUUGACCUUUUGGGGUUUUUUGCCUCUUUUGCUCUUCUUACCGGUGUCUUCUGUGUCGGCAGCGUCAUCAGGGGUGUAUUGAUCCGGUUCCACACCCCAACCGUCGUCCAUGAAAACCUCCGGAGGCACUUCACACUGCUUCGCCGUUGGCCAUUUCAUUGAUUUCUCGUUGAUGUUGACACGGAUGCCGAAGUCGAAUUUCUUCCCGUCAGGAUCCUCCUUGGUGGAUUUUUG